GCCAACCAUAUGCUCAAGCGAUUCAUCCAACGAUCAGCCCCAAUGCAUGUGUUUGUGUCCAAGUUCAGAGACUUUCAGUUUGCCAGGAACCAGGAGGAGGAAAAGGAAAACCAUGUUACCAAACAGGUAUCUCGUAGGAGACGGAUUGGAGUUCCAAUAGAACAGCAUGCAGAGACAAUUUACACAAGGGCGAUGCAUGAACGCUUCUACAACGAGCUUUACGAAUCAGGUUCAUUCGCAAUAGUGGAGAAGGGAAUACAGGAAGAGAGAUUUACAGUGGUGCACACCAAGGAGAUAGGGAGAGAUGAUGCAAGAGUGCACGUGGUGCGACUGGCGGGGGCAGAGAAAGUAACAUGCACCUGUGGGCUCUAUGAGCAUGUAGGUUUGUUGUGCAGGCAUAGCUUGAAGGUGCUGGUGCAUUUGGACAGAACAGAGAUACCGCCCGGUAACAUCAUGUACAGGUGGACCAAGCAUGCAGGGCCAGAGUACAGUCCGUGCACAAGGGAGUUGACGAUGGAUCAGGUAUCGGCGAGAGUUGAUGGCACGAAGAGGCACGUUCUACUGAAGAGGGCACUAGAGUUUGCACAUGGGGAUGACCCGAUUGAUGAUGAAGCAUUUGCAGAAGCUAUGAGAGCUAUGGACGCGAUCGUGCCUAGAAAGGAUCAUUCAGUAAGCUCCUUCCGUGAGCAUGGGGGUGAGGUGAAAACAUCAGGACCGAGCCUAGGGAAUGCAGAGUCCAUGCCAACUGCUUGCCCACCUAGACCUAUCAGAACAGGGCGCCCGCGUAACACCUCACUGAAAUCUUGGCAGAAACAUGAAAUAAGUGUCAAGAAAGUUAGCUCUACCGAAAGGCCAGAUAACAUCCUCGACAUCAAUGACGAAGAAGGCAACAUUGCUGCUAAGACGAGAAAAGUAGAUGAAUUGAUGCGUAUGAACUGAUGAAAAAGUUACUAUGUGCUAAAUGUGGCCUGCAGAAGAACGACAAGCUAUCUUUGCUUGUGUGAUUCUAUUGUUAGCAGUAUUCGUGUGUAAAUUUUUGUGCACCAUUGCUUUAAAUCUGUUCAGUUA